CUUAAAGUUAGACAAGUAAAUAAAAGAUUAAACAAUUGUAAUGUUUGCCUGUUAAAUAUACAAAUAACUUGAAAAUAAAACUAAUAAAGUUUAAAAUUAUGUUUACUUACGAUGUAAAGUUUUUAACAAGCGACGACUUAAUUUAUUUAAAAAACAAUGACUUUAAAAGUUACAAAUAUGAAAGUAAGAAGAAACUUGACGAAUCUAUACAUGAUAUGGGAAAAAGAAGUUAUUGUGAGAGACGCGGAGGUUAUUGGCGAUCACCGAGGCCGCGCCAACUACGACAAUUGGAGUCAAAACUUCGUGACCGAAAUAUAGUUUACUGUGAAUGGGUUAAUGAAUCCCUUAUCGUAAUUGUAUUUUCGUCAGGUGUCAUAGCCUUCAUUACAGUCAAAUAUAGUACUUUAGAUAUAACACAAAUACUCUUUGAUAGAUAUUGUAUAGGAAAAAUAAACAGUCAAACAGUUACUGGUGUUGUUUUAUGUAAGAAACUCUUAUUAUUAAUACACAUGGACAAAGUGGCAACUUUGAUCACAUUCGGAAAGACAAUAGACAAUGAUACACCAUGUCAGAUAUCAGACAGAGAUCCUCACUUACAAAUACUAGAUCUUGGAGGAUGUGUGAGAAAAGUUGAUCGUAGAGUUUCUUGGUGUGAGAGCUCUAAUUAUGUGAGGGUAUUGAUAUGGGGAGCCACUGUAUCGGAACCAGCACCGUGGAGUCCUGUGCUUGAAGAUCAUGCUAAUCUUCAUUUAUACCAGAUUGUUGGGCAUCAAGUAUCCCUAUUAGCAUACCACCAACUAGAGAAUGAAGUGUUAUUUGCUGAACUUUCACAUAAACAUGAUCACAUCAUUCACAUUGUCGAACAAAUUGCGUGUCACAAGACAGGAGCAAGUUUAGUGUGGCACAGAUACGAACUACCGCAGGGCAGCAAUCGAAUGACGAAGCUAUCUUCACUUCAUGAGAAUACGAUAAAAGUAUCAUUGCCCGCGCCUGCUCGCGUAGCGAGGCGGUCUCCGUGUGAUAUUAGAAUUCUAGUAGCUUGUAUAGACGCUUCCAUACACGUGAUACACAACGUUGCUGGGCUCACUCAUUCUACAAAAGCUGGCUUUAUAGCGACAGACGUGCGGUGGGCGGGCGAACUGAUAGUGGCAGCUGAGGAGGCAGGUCGUCUGCAGUGUUUCGAUCGCGCCCUAUCUCUACUGCAUCACCAUUCUAAGUGCCUCGACCUCACGUCUUACAUGCGUGAGUCAAAGCGCGUGCAGCUACUGGCGACUCAGAGUCGUAGAGGAGGGUCGCUUAUUCUGGCGACGCUCGCUGGAGGACCGCUGGUGCUGUUGCGAAUAACACACCCGCGUUUACUAACGGCGUGGCUACGGUCGAAGCGCUUCGCGAACGCGGUGGCUCUGCUGCGAGCGCUGGAGUGGGACGAGGCGGGCGCGGAGUGUCUGCGCGCGACGCGGGCGGCGGUGCGCGCGGGCGCGGCGGGCGGCGCGACGGGCGCGCAGCUGGCGCUGGGCGCGUACCUGGCACCGCGCGCGCCGCUGCCCGCCGCCGCGCACAAGUACGCGCCCGCCGUGCACGACCUGGCAAGGAAAUUCUUCCACCAUUUGGUGAGGCGAGGUCACAUAGAAAAAGCCCUCAGUCUAGCUGUGGACUUGGAAGCUUGGGACCUUUUCGCCGACGCGCGCUGGGCUGCCAAGAGACUGAACCUGUCACAUCUCGCUGAGGAAGCUGCUAAUUGUGCUGCUUAUUAUGCAAAAUUAAAUAGACCCGAUUCAGAAUGUUCAGAAUCCUGUUCACAGUGCAGCUCGCAUUCAUAUACCGGCUCAGAAGAAGAAUCCAGUACAUCAUCUAAAGCAAUAAAAACGAACCCACCACCAUUACCAAGGGUACCGUUACCAUCCCACCCUUCAAUACUGACAGUGCCUAUAAACCAGAAUGAUACUUAUACAACCACAAGUAUUCGACCAAACCUUCACCAAUAUUUAGAAAGAGACAGUACAAUCUGGAGUAAAAAUGUCCAAGACGACUCUUAUAUUAGUAAUAAUAGCAAGCGAGAACCAAUAAAACCUAUUCAUUCCCAAAAUAUGCGAUGGAACAGUAUGGACAAUGUAUUAAAUAUACAAAGAACACUUAAAAACUCCACUAGCUAUGGGACUCUACGUGUAAACCAGGCUCACAAUAUGUUAGAGGUUAUACCUCGUUCACAAGACGAAAGAAUAUCAGCUCACUUUAAACAUUUGUUUCAAACUGAACUGAGAGAAGACACAAAUAAUGGUCAAUUUUCUUCCAACGUGCCAUCAACUAAUAGUAAUUUCAACGAAAGGUAUCGCCAAGAUAACUUUUGCACGGGUGUUAAACCCGAGAAGAACAAAGUGAAGUUUUCAGACACAGUUACUGUCACCGUCGUCCCGAAACACCAAACACAGGAGAGGCCUGGACCGGACCCGUCACACGAGCUGGCGGACAGCUUGCCGCUGUGCGCGCCACACCGCUACCUCGCCGCCUUCGCGCCGCACGCGCCGCCCGCGGUGCCCGCCGCCCCGCCGCACGCCGCGCCGCACGCCCCGCCGCACGCCGCGCCGCACGCCCCGCCGCACGCCCCGCCGCACGCCCCGCCGCACGCCCCGCCCGGUACUACGCUCGACUACGUCGAAGUGUGACGCAUGUUUGUGUUAACCCGCACCUUCGACUGCACCCUUAUUCACUAUUUGUUGUGUUCGUAAGUUAGUGCAUGUAUGCAUGAUUUGAGUCGAUAAUUGUAUAAUCUAUCCGUCUCAUAUUUUUCAGAAGGAUGUUGUAUUCGAGCUGCAGUCUUUUACACGUUGUAAUGCACGAUCAUUAGAAGUUUCAAAUUAAUAUAAUAAUAAUAAAAUAAAUGAAAGCUUUAUCUCACAAAAAAUAGCUUUAAAAUUCAUCCAUCAGUCAUCAUAGGAAGGCUUGACUUGUGAAUUAAAUGUGUUUAAAUAAAUAAUGCUUACUAGUCGUCUGUCGUUGGGACAAUUAUUGUGUUUAUAGAUAGCAAACCCGUCAUAAGCACAACAAAUUCCCGGGUGCAAGCAGUAUUCCAUCGAUCUCAACGCCCCUGAAAAAUAUAUUUAAGGGAGCUAGUUACGCUCGCCGAUAAUCCACGACUUGACCACUAACGGCGGAGCGACAAAAGCAUGCGGCGCCCGGGUUUUUUGCACCUCUAGCACCCUAUUAUUUGUAAUAAUAUAUCUAAUUAUUACAAAAUAAUUUCACUUUCAUAAGUCAUAAGCAUGUUAAUUUGUACAAAAACAGCAAAGCUAUAUACUAAUAGAAUAAUUGUUGUCAUAAAAAAUAAUAUUUUCAAUCACAAAUGUUUAUUCAGUUUCGCAUAAAUUUAUUGAUUGAUUGAUUUUGUUCAUUUGAACUCUCAUCAACGUAUCAGCAAUCUUGUAAUGCUUUAUGGACACUCUUAUUUCUGGUAUAUAAUAUAUAAACCAAAUUAUACAUAGCAAUAAAAAACAUCAUUAAUAACACAAACCAACAAUUAAAUAUUAGUUAUCUCUUCACAAAAUCCUAGAAGCAAGUUGUAUUUAAUUUUUUAUAGUGUAAUAAAAACAACAUAUGUUAUUAUAUUACAGAGAACGCCACGAAGCCGUUAAAAAUCAAAGUCGUCCAUUUUGGCAUGGUGUAGUUAUGUCAAUAAUGUUAAUGAAUUAUCUUCAAUACUCCGUCCAUUUAUUGCUAUAAGCUUUAAAUUAGCUAUAUGUUUAAAAUGUAUAAAGUAUAAAGUAAAAAUGUAUUUUCUAUCAAUGUUUACACCGUGACUACCUCUUCUAGUAUUAUGAUCAAAUCGAUCUUCGUUUAUUUUUUUAUUUUAAUUAUUUUACAAUAAUGUUACAGAUUGUACUUCACAGUCUACUGUGCAUUAACCACAUGUAAACUUUUUGGUUUUUAAGAUUUAUUCUAUCGUUAACGACUAAAGUAAAAAAAACUUAGUAUCUACUAUUUUUAGAGUUUUAUUCUCCUGGUGAAAAAACGGAUUUCUUAUAAAGUCAGUCUCGUGUCUGUCUCUCCGGUCACAGCCUAAUGAAAUAAGUAUUACUGUAUUAAUUAUAAUUGUGAAUUAACUAAAUAAAUUAAUUAAAAUGUGCCAGAUCUUUUUAGAUGUUUAAAUUUGAAUAAUUAUAUCUAGAAUAUACCUCUUGUAAACUUCAACCAGCAGUCUUCAGUUGUUAUCUAGCCUGAAUAGGUUUUGUGGAAAUAUAAGAAUUAAGUAAUUUACACCGAGUUGCCAUAUGAACCAACUCAGGUAAAAUAUAUAGAUUUAUUUUUAAGGUUAUUUUCCUUACUAAAUUUCGAAUAAUGUGGCCCUUUUUAGAACAGGCUAAAACAGAAGGAUCUGGAGUGUACUAAGUCAUUAGCACUAUUUCCUAACUCUAACGGGUCGAUAAGACGGACAAUCCGACACAUGACAAACGGGCUUAGACAAAUGCAUUUAACUCGAAAUAGAUUUUUAUUGAAUUCAACCAACGGAAUAAUAUGACUAUAUGUCAAUUUGUCUUGGUUAACUGAAACAGGAACGAAGGGUUUGGCUGUUGAUUCUGUGGAUUAUAUAAAUAAUAUAUUAUUUAUUUCCUCGAAAUAUAUUAUUAUCGGCAAGCUUUUCACUUAAGGCGUGGAUAUAGGUACGUGUUAUAGCUUAAUUUGAAUUCCUUCUUUUUUUACUAAGCUACCUAUUACAAGAUUUUUUUAUUUACAAUAAAAUAUUUAAUAACACAAUACUACGGAAACCCUCGACUAUUUUUUACAUUUUAUCGAUUUUUAAAUAUUGUUUACAUAAUCGAUACAUGUAAAUAGUGAUGCAAUCCCUCUGUCACCUAAUAAAUCGAUGCGGAGACGUGCUUAACGGAUCUGCAAUGGCUUCACACGAUCAUCCAAUUGUCCAACACUCCAAUAUGAUUCCGAUAUGGAUAUUCUUAACUCGCGAUCGAUCAAAACAGAGUACACAUUUCAAUCUCGUUCAAUAAUGAGGACGUUAAUGAUAUGUGCUUCUGCGCUAUAGCGCAGCUAUAGCACAUAUCAUUUUAUAAAUUGACACUGAUGGGUUUGUUCGUGCGAGUCAGCCAACUUCUUUCAUUUAGAUACUAUUUACCGACAUGGGUGCCAGCGAUCGUGUGCCAACACCAUCCAACAUCGUUAAUCAUUCACAAACUACCUCUACCCGUAAAGAUUUUGACUAUUGGAUGACCUCGUGGAACCGGCAUAACACUUUGCCGCCAAUAACAGGUGGUGUAAAAUUAUGAUGCUGCAUAUUUAUCGAUAAUGUUCAAUCGAAGUAUGUCAACGACAUAUAUCCACCUCUUAAACUAUAUUAACCAUGGUUUUAGGUUAAAAAUAGUUUAAAUACUUUGUGAGAAAUGUUUAAAAACAAACUUUCCUUAUUGUAUGUAUAUGUAAUUGUGAUUUUUUAAUUAUUGUUUAUUUGAAGCAU